AUGCGAGCGAAUAGAAGGCCGACACGUGACAGUAACAGCUUAUGUCCUUGCCUUCCCUCCCCGCCAGUUGAUGUGAUUGAGAAGAUAGUUGAGCCCAUCCCAUCAGACGGUCAUCAUAACCCACCGGAAGAACCUCGAGACGGCCAAAUGAGCUGGGCCAUAAAUGAGCUGAAUGGUCGAACCACAGACGUUCGUGAUUCGACAUCAGCUUGCGUCUUCCAAGGCCCGAAUCAGAGGGGACAGUAGUUGAUGCCAUCUACUCUACCUCCAAGAAUGAGGCGACAGCGGGUGAAGAGGCUCCCUCUGAUCCAACCAUUGAUUGUAUGAUCAAUGGUCAGAAUCAAUCGGCUAUAAAGGCCUCAAUAGAUGCUAUCGCCUUUACCUCGAUUACUAUGCCCAAGGCACCGCCCUCGGACGGUGAUGGGCACAAUGGGUAAAUUGAUCCAAUCGUUGAUCUUGAGAUCAACGGAGGGGAUCACGUGGCCGUAAAGGUGCUGCAACCUUUUGUAGUCGUCGAUGCCUCGGCUGUGACGCUACUGACGUCAUCAACGUCAGACGCUGCGGACGUUGGCAUCGCACGGAACCUUGCACCAUCACGUGUCGAGUCCAACUCAACUGGCACCGUACAAGCGUGGCCCGUGCGAGCCUCCACCAAGGUGGCUAGGGCUGAGCUGGCCCAAGUAGCACUAUCUGAGGCCGCUUUGGCCCAAGCCAUGCCACCCCAGGCCAAACAGACCGAGAGUGAGCAGACCUUGGUCGAGCCGGCCCAGCCCAUCGAUACUGCGCCAUUUCAGGACGCACCGGCCCAGGCAUAG